UGCCGUAAAACCCUAGGCUAGGGUUCUUCAAUGGGACACACGCGAAGGAGGAAGAAGCACACGCACAAGGAGUUAGCGCCGAGCCAUGAGACGGGCGAGAAGAUUCCCAGGAGCUUUGUCAUUGGCAGAGGGAAACUGCCGGUGCUUCUCCGGAAUUUGGAGCAGGAUUUGCGCAAGCUGAUGCUUCCUCACACUGCAUUGCAUCUCAAGGAAUCUGGGAAGAACACGCUUAAGGACUUUGUUCACGUCGCUGGUCCUUUGGGUGUUUCGCAUUUUGUGAUCCUGUCCAACACGAAGAACGCUCCUUACAUGAAAGUUGCCCGAAGUCCUCACGGCCCGACCAUGACCUUCAAGGUUCAUGAUUUCUGCCUGGCCGCGGACGUUGCUCGUGCUCUUCUAAGGUACCGAGCACCACCAUCAAUCUUCAAAAAUCCACCUUUGGUUGUUCUUAACGGAUUCAAUCCUGCUGAAGCUCACUUGAAGCUUGUGACAAUUAUGUUCCAAAACAUUUUCCCAGUUAUCGAUGUGAAAAAGGUGAAACUUUCGCUUUGUCAAAGGGUUCUCCUCUUGAACUAUGACAAAGACACAAAGGUGAUCGACUUUCGCCACUAUGCGAUCAGCGCACAGCCCGUCGGGGUUUCUCGUGGAAUUCGUAAGCUUGUCCAACGUACCAAAAUUCCAGAUCUCAGGACGCUCAACGACGUGAGCGAGUUUGUUACCAAAUCCGGAUAUGGGUCUGAGAGCGAAGCUGAGAAUGAAUCCUCAAGGGUGACGCUGCCACAAGAUUAUGGACGAGGAAAUCCGGCAUCACAACAGAGUGCUGUCAAGCUCCAUGAGAUCGGGCCUAGAAUGACGCUGCAGCUCGUGAAAGUCGAGGAGGGGCUUUGUUCAGGAGCGGUCAUGUUCCACGAGUAUGUUAAAAAAACCGCGGAAGAAGUAGCAGAACUGAAAGAAACUUUCGAGAAGCGGGAGGCAUUACGGAAGCAAAGAAAGGCAGAACAGGAAGCGAACGUUCGACGGAAAGAGCUUUUGAGAGAAGAAAACAAGAAGAAGAACAAGAAAAAGAAGGAGGAGCCAGUCGAUGAUAUGGACGUGGACAUGGAUGGUGAGGAACAACACGAGGAGGAGGAAGAGGACGACGAUGCCGAUUAUUAUCGCCAGGAAGUCGGUGAAGAACCUGGCGAAGACUUUACGACCGGAGCAGCGCAAAAGCGUGGAUUUAAGCGCGGAUUCAAAGUUGGACGAGCAAAGGUUAACCAGUUCCCGAAGAUGGGGAAGUUCGCGACGGGGAAACCACGAUCAAACAAACGAGAAAGAGAAAGGGAGGAUCAUCAACGUAGAGGCUCCAAGAACAAGAUGGGGAACCCACGAUCAAACAAAAGAGGAAGAGGAAGGGAGGAUCACCAACGUAGCGGCAGCAAGAACAAGCGCUCCAAGACUUAGAAGAAUCAAAAACAAAGAAAGCGCGCCCGUUGGAUGGCGGAGAAUCGGACGUUCACCGCUGUUCCAGCACAUUGCGUCGCGCUGGAGGACAGCUGUGGUACGGUAUGGCGUACGGCACUGGCGAGAUCCACGGCCGUGGUUGAGUGGAGCUUGAGGCUAUGGUGGACGAUGAAGUGUGACCUUUCACAAGUGAAAAGAAGAGAGGCAAAUUAGGGA